GAGAAAAAUACUAUCAUGAACAUUAUGUAACUUUGGUAUGGAAUGGUUUCCAUUUUAUGGUUACCUAUUGUAAGCACAAGUUAUAUUUUAUUCAUUCAAUCGGCGAAAAACAAGAUGUGUUCAAUAUUAGUCACUGGAGCAAAUAGAGGAAUAGGUCUAGGAUUGGUGAAACAUUUGUUAACAAAUCAAUCGUUUAAGGUGGAUAAUGUAUUCGCGACAUGCAGAGAUAAAGGAAAAGCUAAGGAGUUAAUGCAAUUGGAAAGUAAUUCACAACUUCACAUUCUGGAAGCAGAUCUUAUUGAUCAUGGUUCAUUUUUCAAUUUGGCUUCUCAAGUUUCAAAUAUCGUGAAGGAUAAUGGUCUUAAUGUUUUAAUUAACAACGCUGGAAUAUCAUCAAAAUUUACUAGGAUUGGUUUAGUAAAAUCUGAAGAUUUAUUAAACCAUUUUAAAAUAAAUACUAUUGGUCCUAUAAUGCUCACACAGGCAUUAUUACCAUUAAUGAAAUUAGCUUCAGAAAAAAAUCAAUCAUCUACUGGUGUAAAUAAAGCUGUAAUUGUUAACAUGAGUUCAAUUUUGGGUUCCAUCACAUUGAAUGAUCAAGGUGGAUUUUAUCCAUAUAGAACAAGCAAAGCUGCUAUAAAUGUGGCCACAAAAUCAUUGAGUGUCGAUCUUAAGAAUAAUGGAAUACUGACCGUGAGCAUUCAUCCAGGAUGGGUCAAAACUACAAUGGGUGGUCCAAAUGCACCAAUUGAAGUUGAACAGUCUGUCAAUGGCAUCUGCACAUUUUUAAAAAAUAUUAACAAAUCACAUAAUGGAGGAUUUUAUGAUUUUGAAGGAAAAUUACUUCCUUGGUAA